AUGGUCAACGAGCUGUCGUUCAACUGCGAAAACGCGUGGCUCAAUCUGUUCGUCGGCGGCGAGCUGUAUCCGGUGCAGGUGAAGACGUUGAUGAAUCCGGCGACGUGCGGCAGCUUCUUCCGUGACGUCGUCAAGGUUUCCGACGCGGCGAUCAAAGUGCGAGGGGCGCUGUGGGAGGCGUCGCCGAACCACAUCAAGAAUCGCGUUGAUAUCGAUCGCGACGGACAGCUUUUCAGACAUGUAAGCGCUGAUUGUCAUUCGAGCGAGCAUUACCUCUUUUCAGGUGCUGCAAUACCUCCGUAACGGAAAACUAACAAGCCUUCCAGAUGACAAGUUUACUCUGGAAGGGCUGGUUGCCGAGGCGGACUUUUUCGGACUCGAGAAGUACCGAGAGAUGCUGAAGAGGAAGCUGUGGAAGCUGACCGGCAAGCGCCAGUACUACGCGUGUUACUCGGAUUCCGAUUGA